GAAAGGGGAAGGAGAGAUGGCAGAGAGGGAGGGAGGGAGAACUGCGCGCUGAAUCCAGGGGUUCCUCUCCCACCUCUCAUGUGCCCAUGGUAACAAGGGAGUCCCCCUCUUCUGAUCCUUUGUCAAAAGCCCAUCAAGCAAGAAUGCCCGAGCCCCAGGCCCCCUCUGAAAUUCCCAAGAAGGAAGCACCCCAAGAAGGAAAGCACGCAGGAUGCUGCUCUGGAGCCAUCGGGUUUCGGGUCUGCUCACUAAGCUCCAGGAGCCCCUUAACAGGAGCAAGAGGAGAAGAAGAGGCACCCAGCCUGGGGUUCCCCCCGGGAAAAGGCCAUGCUGUGACCCAGGCCUGGUCCUGGCCCUGACCAUGGGAAGCCUGCCCCACAGGACCUCGCCCAGGCAGACCUGAGGCCCAUGCGCCGCUAGAGGCCUGGAGGGGGGUUCCACCCCGCCCUCACCUGGGUCCCCUGGGGUCAGGGUGAGCUGGGACAGCGGGACCACCGGUUUCUACGGGGGAGGGAGAGGGCACGACUUUCCUGGUGGAAUGGGCUCCAGCUGUGCUCUGAGCCCUGGGUCACUGUCCGCACUCUGGGGAGGGAGGGAGGAGCCUGGAGCCCCAAGGGCGCAGCUGGCAAUAAAGGCAGAUGCUCAAGUUGAUGCCACCCCACGCACGUGAGGCUGGGAUGAGGGGUGGCACUGACCCGGCUGGGGAGCCCACUCCCGAGGUACGACCCAGGGAUGUGCACAGCCACAUUCCAAAGACGCACGGGAUGAGAUCAGCCCCGGUGACCUUGGGACUUUGCCCUCCUCGGCAGGAGCCGGUCCUAUGCACCCUGUGUGCCUGUCCAUCUGGAAGGCCCAGCAUGAGAGGCCCAGCCAUCCUCCUCACUGUGGCUCUGGCCACGCUCCUGGCUCCCGGGGCCGGGGCACCGGUACAAAGUCAGGGCUCCCGGAACAAGCUGCUCCUGGUAUCCUUCGAUGGCUUCCGCUGGAACUAUGACCAGGAUGUGGACACCCCCAACCUGGAUGCCAUGGCCCAAGACGGGGUGAAGGCACGCUACAUGACCCCCGCCUUUGUCACCAUGACCAGCCCCUGCCACUUCACCCUGGUCACCGGCAAAUAUAUCGAGAACCAUGGGGUGGUUCACAACAUGUACUACAACACCACCAGCAAGGUGAAGCUGCCCUACCACGCCACGCUGGGCAUCCAGAGGUGGUGGGACAAUGGCAGUGUGCCUAUCUGGAUCACGGCCCAGAGGCAGGGUCUGAGGGCUGGCUCCUUCUUCUACCCGGGCGGGAACGUCACCUACCAAGGGGUGGCCGUGACGCGGAGCCGGAAGGAAGGCAUCGCACACAACUACAAAAAUGAGACGGAGUGGAGAGCGAACAUCGACACGGUGAUGGCGUGGUUCACGGAGGAGGACCUGGAUCUGGUCACACUCUACUUCGGGGAGCCAGACUCCACGGGCCACAAGUACGGCCCCGAGUCCCCGGAGAGGAGGGAGAUGGUGCGGCAGGUGGAUCGGACCGUGGGCUACCUGCGGGAGAGCAUUGCUCGCAGCCACCUCACAGACCACCUCAACCUGAUCAUCACAUCCGACCACGGCAUGACGACUGUGGACAAGCAGGCUGGCGACCUGGUCGAAUUCCACAAGUUCCCCAACUUCACCUUCCAGGACAUCAAGUUUGAGCUCCUGGACUACGGACCAAACGGGAUGCUGCUCCCUAAAGAAGGGAGGCUGGAGAAGGUGUACAAUGCGCUCAAGGAUGCCCACCCCAAGCUCCACGUCUACAAGAAGGAGGAGUUCCCUGAGGCCUUCCAUUACGCCAACAACCCCAGGGUCACACCCCUGGUGAUGUACAGCGACCUUGGCUACGUCAUCCACGGGAGAGUUAACGUCCAGUUCAACAAUGGGGAGCACGGCUUUGACAACAAAGACAUGGACAUGAAGACCAUCUUCCGCGCUGUGGGCCCCAGCUUCAAGGCGGGCCUGGAGGUGGAGCCCUUUGAGAGCGUCCACGUGUACGAGCUCAUGUGCCGGCUGCUGGGCAUCGUGCCCGAGGCCAACGAUGGGGACCCGGCUACCCUGCUGCCUAUGCUGCACACAGGUGAGGGCAGGCCUGCUCUCCCGCUCAACGGAAGGUCUGCUGUCCUGCCCAGCAGCUGGGCCCUCGUUGUGAUGGGACUGCUGGGGACCAUGAUUCUUCUGUCUGAGGUCGCAUAACACCUCAUGGCUCAAGGAAGCCUCCGGGAGCUGCCCGUAGGCCCCGGGCCGGCUGUCUCGCUGUGAUGCUCUGCUGGUGGCGGACGGACCCUGCCUCCCCAGCUUAUCCCAGGCCAGAAGCUGCAUGCCACUGUCCCCGGCAGCAGCCCCUGCUUGGCUGUUAUGGUGCCGGUAAUAAGCCCCGCACCCCAGGUCCAGGGCCUCCGGCGCGCGGGUCCCAUAACCGGCCCCAGGCCCCUGCCCCUCCCACUCGGGCCCCUCCUCCUGCAAACCCCGCUCCCGAAGCGGUGCUGCCGUCUGCGGCCACGCGGGGGCGCGCGGGAGCUCUACGGGCGCGGGGACCUGCAGACCCGGCCUCGGUCACCUGGGAGGGGCCCGCCCCGGCACAAAGCACCUAUGGGAAUAAAGGCCAAGCCGCGACAGUCAGCA